AUGCCCGAGCUGGUGGUGACAGCGCUCCUGGCGCCGUCACGCCUCACACUGAAGCUGCUGCGCGCCUUGAUGUGGAGCCUGGUGUUCUCCACGGCGCUGGUGACCGCGGCGGUGUACGGCUGCAUCGCGUUGACCCAUGUGCUGUGCCGUCCAAGACGCGGCUGCUGCGGGCACUCCCGAAGUGUCGUCCCCACCUGUCUGAGUGACCCCUCACUAGGCGAGCAUGACUUCUUGACUCUCAAGAGCUCGGGCCUGCGCCUUCACUAUGUCUCUGCCGGACGUGGCAACGGGCCCCUCAUGCUGUUCCUGCACGGCUUCCCAGAAAACUGGUUCUCCUGGCGUUACCAGCUCCGGGAGUUCCAGAGCCGCUUCCACGUCGUGGCUGUGGAUCUGCGUGGCUACUGGCCCUCAGAUGCGCCUCGCAAAGUAGACUGCUACACCACUGACCUGCUGAUGACUGAUAUCCAGGAUGUUAUCCAGGGCUUGGGUUACUCCAAGUGUGUCCUUGUGGGCCAUGACUGGGGUGGUCUCCUGGCCUGGAAUUUCUCCAUCUACUACCCAGCCCUGGUGGAACGGUUGGUGGUGUCCAGCGCUCCCCCCAUGUCCGUGUACCAAGACUACUCUCUGCGCCACAUCAGUCAGUUCUUCCGGUCCCACUAUGUGUUCCUGUUCCAGCUUCCCUGGCUGCCUGAGAAAUUGCUCUCCAUGUCUGACUUCCAGAUCCUGAAGACCACCCUCAGCCACCGCAAGACUGGGAUCCCACACUUGACCCCUAAUGAACUUGAGGCCUUCCUCUAUGGUUUCACCCAACCUGGUGGCCUUGUUGGGCCCUUAAAUUACUACCGGAACCUCUUCAGGAACUUUCCCCUGGAGCCCCAGGAAUUGUCCACACGCACACUGCUUCUGUGGGGGGAGAAGGACACCUACUUGGAGCCUGGGCUGGUGGGCGCCACCAGCAGUCGCUUUGUGCCAGGCAGACUGGAAGCCCACAUCUUGCCAGGCGUGGGGCACUGGGUCCCACAGAGCAACCCUGAGGAGAUGCAUCAGUAUAUGUGGACCUUCCUGCAAGACCUGCUGGACUAA